AUGAGUGCAGAGGAGGACUCCCAUUGGUUGGACUGGGUCACCAAACAGUUUGAAAGCAUCGCCGGGGACGACAAGGAGAUUGACAUCGACGAGUUCAAAACUGCCCUGAAGGUCAAAGAGUCGUUCUUCGCCGAGCGUUUCUUCGCUCUCUUUGACUCUGACGGCAGCGGCUCCAUCAGCCUGACGGAGCUCCUGGAGGCGCUGCAGCUGCUGAUACACGGCAGCGAGAGCGACAAGCUGCACUUCCUGUUCCAGGUGUACGACGUGGACGGAAGCGGCUCCAUCGACCCCGACGAGCUGCGCACCGUCCUGAAGUCGUGUCUGCGGGAGAGCGCCAUCUCUCUGCCGGAGGAGAAGCUGGACGACCUGACGCUGGCGCUGUUCGAGUCGGCCGACAAAGACAACAGCGGCUCCAUCACCUUCGAGGAGCUGAAGGCAGAGCUGGAGAACUUCCCCGAGGUGAUGGAGAACCUCACCAUCAGUGCUGCUAACUGGCUGAAGCCCCCUGCUGUGGACCCCCAAAAGAGGCGAGGGGCCCCGCGAUACCUGACCCGGGCCUACUGGCAGAACAACAGCAGGAAGCUGCUCUUCCUGGUUCUGUACGCCCUCCUCAACCUGACCCUGUUCCUGGGGGCCGUGAUGCAGCAACGGGGGGGCGGCGGCUGGUUCAUGAUGGCCAAGGGCUGCGGGCAGUGCCUCAACUUCAACUGCACCUUCAUCAUGGUUCUGAUGCUGCGGCGCUUCCUCACCUGGCUUCGGGCCACCUGGGUGGUGCGGGUUCUGCCUCUGGACCAAAACAUCCUCCUGCACCAGAUCGUGGGCUACGCCAUCCUCGGCUUCACCACCGCGCACACCACCGCGCACAUCUUCAACUUCGUGAAGCUGUCGGAGAGCGGGGAUUUCCAGCUCUGGGAAUAUCUGCUGACCACGCGCCCAGGGAUCGGCUGGGUGGGGGGGGCGGCUUCUCUGACGGGGGUCGUCCUGCAGGUGGCCAUCGGACUCAUGGUGCUCUGCUCUAGCACAUUCGUACGACGCAGCGGACACUUUGAGGUGUUUUACUGGUCUCACCUGUCCUAUGUGUGGGUGUGGUCUCUGCUCAUGGUGCACUGUUCGAACUUCUGGAAGUGGUUCGUGGUUCCAGGAUUGAUGUUCGUGCUGGAGAAGAUCGUGGGGAUGGCCGUCUCUCGGAUGGGAGGCCUUUACAUCGUGGAGGUCAACAUGCUGCCCUCCAAGGUGACUCACCUGGUGAUCAAACGUCCUCAGUUCUUCCACUUCAAACCAGGAGAUUACGUCUACAUUAACAUCCCCGCCAUCGCCAAGUACGAGUGGCACCCCUUCACCAUCAGCAGCCCCCCCGAGCAGUCAGACAGUCUGUGGCUUCACAUCCGCUCCAUGGGUCAAUGGACCAACCGCCUGUACGAGUUCUUCAGAACCCAGGAGGAGCAGCUGGAGCCCAAGAGACUGAGCGCCAGUCUGAGGAGGCGCAGGGGAGCGGAGGAGUUCUUCAGCUCUACAGACUGUAACGGUGUAGCUUCUAACGAGGACGAGGCCAUCGAGCUGAAGAUGUACCGUCAGAGAGGAUUGACCCCGCCCCCAGACCCCCAAGCCCCGCCCCCAGACCCUGCAGAGCCUCCUCCUGAUAGGCUGGAGCCAGCGGAGAGAGGAGAGGCUCCUCCCCUCAGAGAGGUUCCUGCAAAGCUGGGCGAGAAUCACCGAGUCUGCAACAUCAAGUGUUAUGUGGACGGACCCUAUGGGACCCCCACGCGGCAGAUCUUCGCCUCGGAGCAUGCGGUUCUGAUCGGGGCCGGGAUCGGGAUCACACCCUUCGCCUCCAUCCUGCAGAGCAUCAUGUACCGAUACCGCAUGAGGAAGCAGAACUGCCCCAGCUGUAAAUACUCGUGGUGUGAGAACAUGAAGGACAGCGACAUGACGUUACGCAAAGUGGAUUUCAUCUGGAUCAACCGAGACCAGAAGUCCUUCGAAUGGUUCGUUAGUUUGCUGACCAACAUGGAGAUGGACCAGGCCGACGAGGAGCCAGAAGGCCGCUUCCUGGAGAUGCACAUGUACAUGACGUCGGCGCUCAGUAAGAACGACAUGAAGGCCAUCGGGCUGCAGAUGGCGCUGGACCUGCUGGCCAAGAAGGAGAAGAGGGACUCCAUCACGGGCCUGAGGACCAGAACCCAGCCGGGACGCCCCGAGUGGGCCAAGGUGUUCCAGAAGAUAUCGGAGGAGAACAAAGGGAAGGUCCACGUGUUUUACUGCGGCUCUCCGGCUCUCGCUAAACUCAUCAAAGCUCAGUGUGAACGCUUCGCCUUCAACUUCUACAAAGAGAACUUCUGAGUGUGUGUGUGUGUGUGUGUGUGUGUGUGUGUGUGUGUGUGUGUGAGUGUGUGUGUG